GUGUUGGGAAUGGGAGAAGCAUGGAAAGGUGGUGAUGUGGGUCAUUCUAUUGGUGGAGGACAAAAAAUCAGACUACUGAAGGAGGAAAUGAAGGCUCUGGCUGAACAGCAAGAUCUCAUUGUCCUGACUGUGGAUAGCUAUGAUCUUAUCUUUGCUGGGGGGCCAGAAGAGAUUCUCAGGAAGUUCCAGCAAACCAAUCACAAAGUGCUUUUUGCUGCUGAGGGACUGAUAUGGCCAGAUAAGCAACUAGCUGACAUGUACCCCUCUGUCCGUCGUGGCAAACGCUACCUCAACUCAGGAG